CAAAAUCACUGCAAAGUUCAAGCCAAAUGCUUUCUGUACGUUUUUAUGAUGCUAUUAGGGACGUGACAAUGUAACCAUUACAUUAUACGCCUUGGUCGUUUUGACUUGUAAAUAUUUAAACCAAGAAUGCGGAGUUAAUAUACGUACUUAAUAAUGGCUUAAGCCACCUGAAUUGAAUUACUAAGAUAUUAUUGCAAAUAUUCGUUUGCAUUUGUGACUGCUCAACAUUUUGUCUAGUUCAAAGUUUUCUUUCAAAUCGAAAGGAUGGCCAUGGUCAUUCUAUGGAUUUUCUUUCUUCUAUUGACUCUUGGCAUUAACUGUACACAAAGUUCUCCAGUUGGGAAUUUAACAUCAUCCGAACCAAAUUAUGCAUUGGAUCUAGAACAGAUGGGAGUGCGUGUGAAAUUUCUGCAGGACCUUUGUAAAUGUGAAGAAAGUAUUUGCCGAUGCUGUUUUCAAGGCACUUGGCCACAAUCUAAUAUGACUCAAGAGUUUUGUAUGUUGGGUGCAUUUCAAUCUGAAUUACUGGAACUUCAAGUUAAGGCAACAAUGAACGGAAAUACAAUGGGACAAUUUAUGCUAUCCGGAAGGAAUCCUCCACCGUUGUGCUUUCCGGUUCCAUUUCCCAUUCCAAUUCCACUUUCAAUGUGCAUUCGGGGUAUGGACAUUUAUCCAAAGGACAACAAUAUGCAUGUUUGUGUUGAUAUGAUGAUGAGAUUUUCAGGAUUAGAAUUUUUGACGGUGCACUUAAAUUGCAUGUGGAUUGGAUUGGGCGGGUUGCAAUUUGUUAAUCAAAAGUGAUAUCCUUUAAAUAAUUUAUAUUUUAUACACAUUUUUAUAAAGAAAUUGAAAAAAUACAAGAAAUGGUGACAU